AUGUCUUCCAAUACAAAGAAAAUUGGAAUGUCGGGGCAUCCCUCUACCUCGCCUAUCAAUAACAAUAUAGAACUUAAUAGUAUCGCUUCAAUCAGUGCGACGCUGGCGGAUAUCCAAGAUCAAAUGCACCGCUACCAUCGCAAGAGCCGUCAUGUCCGGUUUUCUGAUGGCGAUGGAAUAGAAACCAUUGAAGUCCUCGUAAACUUUAUCACCGCCACUCAGAAGUCUCUAGAGGCCCACUGCGAACAGCUAGAGAACAUUCGCUCCUAUAUCCAGGACAGAAAUCUCGGUAUCGUCAGUGAUCAUAUGGGAGCCGUAAACAAGCACAUUGUCGCUAUAAAAGGGCAGAUGGAAGAGUCGGUGCGAGUUGCGUCACUACUUCAAGUGCGCCUUGAACUCCUACAGAAUGACCACAUCCGGCUUGUGCAGGCCAAGCAAAAAACUGCCACGAAGGCCUUGCCGAGUAAGCAGCAGGAACAGGCCCAAGACGAGCCGAGAAGAACGGUGGAAUAUAAGAAAUAUUUCACAGCAAUUCUUCGUAUUGUUGCAUUCUUGGCUAUGGUUUACCUAGGCUACCGCGACGUAAUCUUUGAUGAGGAGGAAUAG